CACUCCCUUAACCCGCACGGAGCCACAUACCCCUUUACUCUCAUUAUUACACUCUCAUCGUUACUCUUCCCAUCAAUUUCCCUCUCGUUUCUCUCUCACCUUACGCUCGUCGUUCACCCACGCCCUUUCUAAUUCCCCAACUUCUCUCUCUCUCUCUCUCUCUCUCUUCUGAAGGCUGAAGCAGAGGCAGGUCGGGGCAAAAUGGGGUCUACAAAGAGGACGGCGUGCAAGAGGAGGGCGAGAUGGACGCUGAUAUGGUCGGAGCUGCAGACGGGAGACUUCAUUUUCCAAGGAAUUGGGUCAGAUGAAGAGAAGGCUUAAGGAGAUGGAGGACGUGGCCGGUGCUCUCCGUGAAAUGCUGGCCAAGAUAGAGAAGAAGAUGGGCCCAGGGCAAGGCGUGAGCAAAUGUGUUGUUUUUCUGCUUAUUCUUAGAGGUCCUUGUUCAGUUAGUUUAUUUUUGCUUAUUCUCAGAGGGCAUUUUUAGUUCAGUUCGCAAUGGGCAAGACGCUGCUGGAUAUUAACAGAGUUACUCGAGUUAAGCGAGUCGAGCUCGAGCUCGACUUUGUAUAAUCGAGUCGAGCUCGAGCUUGUGUUAGGGAGCUCGACUCGAGCUCGAGUCGAGUUCGAGCUCGAGCUCUUUGAGUCGAGUCGAGCUCGAGCUCUUUGAGUCGAGUAGCCCUACCUGUGGUCGCUUCAUUCUUUUUUUCUUAAAAAAAAAAGAAAAAGUAUUUUGACCACUUAGUUGGCAUCUGCUGCUCGAAAAGAGAACAGUGAAGUCACGUUUAUGUCUCUGCCUCAAACUGACAGUGCUUUUCCGUACCCCUCAUGACCUGCAUAAACUAAAGUGGUCGUGCUUCAAAAUCAAGUGCCUUUUAUUUGUUUUAUUGUAAAUACUUUAGCAACUUAUGAUACUUUCUGCUUUUAUGCAAUUCAAAGCAUCAUGAAACUUGUUUCAAAUAUUUAUACUUAUGGUUGGAAUUAAAUGUAGAAGAACCUCAUGUUUUUGAGUUGUUCGGCUCUCAGGCGAUUAGUUGGGACUGUCUGGCAAUGGCAGCAGCCUGUGUUGAAAUAUGUCUGUUAUAAUUUUUUUAUUUAUUUUUGAGGCAACAAAAAGAAAUUGGUACUGUUGUCAAGCAGCCUCAUACAAAUUCAGCUUGACGGGGAAUUCAUUUACAUGUAUAUAUUUAUUUGCCAGUUGUUUUUUGGCUCCUUUUUUCUUCUUGAAUAAUAUUCAUCCUGGUUCUUAUGCUAUUAAUGUAAAAAGAAGUCGGUUGGAAAAGUUUCAACUAGUAAGAAAGACUUCUCCAUUUAAGUCAAUGAAAUACAGAGGGUAACCUUAGGAAUCCACGCGCCAAAGUUUGGUGAAAAUCUACUGGUGUUCGAAGUUUUGAGUAUCUUUGGACAUUGCUAUGUAAGAACUUGAGAUAUUAAAAGGAGGGAAGGUUGAACAACGGAGAAGUCGAGUACCUUUCUGGUUACCUUGUGCAUAAGAGUGUGAAGAGUGUGAGGAUAACCAACCAUCUUUACCAAUCGAUGUCUUCCUUCGAGUACGAUGUCUUCCUCAGCUUCCGGGGAAUGGACACGCGCACGGGAUUCACCGACCAUCUCUACCACUCGCUGAAGCGCGUUGCCACAGUAUUUCGGGACAACGAGGGAUUGGCGAGGGGCAGGGAGAUCAGCGAGGUGUUUGGGGCGAUCGAGAGGUCAAAGAUCUUCAUACCCAUUUUCUCCAGCAACUACGCCGACUCCAAAUGGUGUCUCCAGGAGAUCGAGAGAAUCGUAAAGGUAGCUGUUGAAGGAGAACGCAGCAGGUUGAUACUUCCUGUUUUCUACAGAACAGAGCCCACCCAUGUGCGACACCAGACGGGACCGUUUGAAGCCGCUUUCCGGAAGCAUGAGGAAGACGAUAAGGUGGAGGAGGAAACGGUGAAGAAAUGGAGGGAGGCGUUGAGUAUAGCAGCAGGCUUUUCUGGCUACGAAAGUGAGAAAGUAGCAGAUGGACACGAGGCGCCGCUUGUUGAAAAGAUUGUUCGGAUGGUUGUAGAAGAAAUAAAGAUUCAACCGCAGGACGAAGAUAAACGUUUCGUUGGAAUCAAGUCACGGGCAAAUGAUAUCAUCAAGAUAUUGGAUAUCAACUCUAAAGAUGCAAAAAUGGUGGGAAUCCAUGGAAUGGGAGGACUCGGCAAGACAACAGUUGCAAAGGCUGUCUACAACAAAAUUUCCAGACUAUUUGACUUCCAUAGCUUCGUAAGUGAUAUCAGGAAAAAAUGCCUCGUACCUGAUGGACUCGUCAAGUUACAGAGUCAAUUGAUGCGUCAUAUCUUCAAAGAAUCCAUCACAAUAUCCAAUACCAGUGAAGGAAUUCGCAUGCUUCAGAGAAUUUUGCAGAAUAAUAGUAUCUUGAUCGUUCUUGAUGAUGUUGAUAGAGUAGAGCAAGUUGAAGCACUAGCUGGAAAACAGGAAUGGUUCCAUCCAGGCAGUAGAGUUAUCAUCACUACGAGGGAUGAGGGACUGCUUAAUGCUCUGGAUGGCUGGGAACAAUCACAUGAGAACUACGGGCCAAAAACGUUAAAUCAAGAUGAAUCUCUCGAACUCUUCAGUCGGUAUGCUUUUGGAAAAAACUCUCCGAUCGAUGGGUACAGGGCACGAUCCCUGAACAUUGUUAGCGUUCUCGAUGGUUUACCAUUGGCUAUUAAAACAGUCGCAUCGACUCUGUAUAAGAACAGAGACACAAAGCAUUGGGAUGAAAUAAUGAAGCGCUGGAGCGGACUUCGCGAUGACGAGAUUUACAAGACGCUAAGGGUAAGCUACGACGAUUUAAAUAGCAGUGAUGAGAGAUCCAUCUUCCUUGAUGUUGCGUGCUUCUUCGGUGGAAUUGAUGAAGAAACUGCAAUUUAUAUAUGGGAUGCUUGCGGCUUCUCCUCAAGACUUUCGAUUAAAGCUCUCAUUGACAAAUCUCUCAUAGAAAUCAUUGACGGCAAAUUGGAGCUGCCUAACAUGCUGCGAGAAAUGGGCAGGCGUAUUGUUGGAGAAGAACUUGGAACAGGGCCAGAAACGCAGAGUAGGCUGUGGGUCAAAGAAGAAAUAAUAAAUGUGCUAGAGCAGCAAAAGGGAACAAGUAAAAUAGAAGGAAUCGGCCUUACCAUGCAAAAGGAUGGAAAAAAUAUGGCACUGCGUGGAGCAAACGGUAAUGACCACACUGAUAAUGACGAUGAUAGUGACGAGGAGAUCAGACCUGUGGAAGCUGGCGGCUUUGCCUCGAUGGACAAACUUAGAUUGCUUAUGAUCAAUUAUGUGAACUUAAUGGGUGGAUACAAAAGCAUGCCUAAAAGUAUCAAGUGGCUCCAAUGGCAAGGGUGCCCGUUGAAAUUCCUCCCACCUGAUUUUGAUUUGAAGAAAAUUGCUGCUCUGGAUCUGUCAUAUAGCAACAUUAUUCAACUUCGAAAGAAGCCGGAAUGGUCUUCGGGCAACAAGGAUUUUGGCGAGCAACCAAACCAUAUGAAACAAAGAAAAGAAAAUGGAACAGUCUUUGGUAAGCUGAAAUUUCUUGAUCUGACUGCCUGCAAUGAGUUAACCGUUACUCCUGAUCUAUCUGCGUUCCCUAAUUUAGAGAAAUUGGUGCUGGAUCGCUGUGAUAAUUUGGUUAAGGUGCAUGAAUCCAUAGCAAAUCUCAAGAUGUUGGUCGUAUUGAGCAUGAGAAGCUGUGGAAAGUUGAAGGAGCUGCCUGACUGUAUAUCUGGCUUGACUUCACUCGAACAGCUAAACCUUGCGAACUGCGUUAGCUUGGAAAGGCUGCCUGAUCGACCGGCAUCCCUCUUGCAACUUGACGCUUCCAAUUGCACCAGCUUGAAAGGAUCAGCUUCAAGGGAAGAGCUUCGAACAGGUCAUAGCGUUUCCGAUAUCUACAGUGACGGUAGAAUGGCUCCGCUUGUAUCGCAGCAUACUCCGUCUAAAUUAGGUACAAUGAAAAAGCUUAAGCGUGUUGUCUCUCAUAAUUUGAAGCAAGUGCUCAAGUUCCUCAGAAGGUGCCCGUGUCACGGGCAGCAUCAUAGAAAGCUCGAUGAAUGGUGCACGGAAGAGGGGAAGUACUUUGACGGGGGGUCCGGGACAGGCUUGGGCGGCUUUCCAGCAUUGGGCGAUCUCGAUAUUGACGCAAAGGCAUCGGGCAGGAUUUGCUUUCCCGCAUUCGGCGGGAUGGACUUUGACAAAUUGGGCAGGAUGGACUUUGAUCCAUCGGGCAGGGUGGUCGAUGAUGAACACCAUUUAAAAAAGCUUGAUCUUUCGGGAUCAAGGAUGCAGGAGUUGCCGGUCUCCAUUUCUCUCCAAAAAAAUCUUCGCAUAUUGAACUUCGAUGACUGCCAACUGCUAGCAGAAGUACCAGGAUGGAUUGCAGACUUGUUACUUCUGGAAGAGCUUUCGCUCUCAAAGUGCCCGUUAAUCAGAGAACUGCCUCGCACCAUAGGAUCACUAACAAAACUCCGGCACCUAAACCUUUCACAUUGUAACGGAGUCCAAGUUUUACCUGAUUGCAUCGGAGAUCUUGUAUCACUCACCGAGCUUCUCUUGCAAGAAACGUCAUUGGUAGAAUUGCCAGAGUCGGUGGGACGGCUGACAAAGCUGAAGAUAUUACAUCUUGGUUCUUGCCGGUGUCUCGAGAGAUUGCCAUCUUCGAUUGGAAAUUUAGAAAACCUGACUGAGCUUCUCCUUGAUGGCACUGAUAUCCGGGAGCUACCAAGCUCAAUAGCUUUGUUACGAAAGCUAGAAUUGUUGGCUGUAAGAGGAUGUAGGAGACUGGAACACAUGCCAGAUGAACUGAGCGAAGACUUGCUUCUCCUGCAUGGAGAAUGGCAAGUAGAUCAAAAUGAUAUCAACUAAUUAUUCAUGAACAUACUUCUAGUCUGAUUUGGUGCGUGAAGAAUCAGACUAGAAAGGUCGAGUUUGGUAGCUGAAUAAAUGGGACUUUUUAUA